UCCCUUGAACCUCAUAGGCAGAGGUUGCAAUGAGCCAAGAUCGCACCAUUGCAUUCCAGCCUGGGCAACAAGAGCGAAACUCUGUCUCAAAAAAUAAGAAAAAAUAGAGGCCGAGAAUGGCCCUUGCUGCCACCAACAUGGAGACUUUGUACCGUGUCCCGUUCUUAGUGCUUGAAUGUCCCAACCUGAAGCUGAAGAAGCCGCCCUGGCUGCACAUGCCGUUGGCCAUGACUAUGUAUGCUCUGGUGAUGGUGUCUUACUUCCUCAUCACCAGAGGAAUCGUUUAUGAUGUUACGGUUGAACCGCCGGGUGUUGGCUCUAUGACUGAUGAACAAGGGCAUCAGAGGCCAGUAGCUUUCUUGGCCUACAGAGUAAGUGGACAAUAUUAUUAUGGAAGGACUUGGAUCCAGCUUCCUGUUUACAGUGGGAGGCUUAGGUUUCAUAAUCCUGGACCGAUUGAAUGCACCAAAUAUCCCAAAACUCAAUAGAUUUCUUCUUCUAUUCGUUGGAUUCGUCUGUGUCCUAUUGAGUUUUUUUCAAGGCUAGAGUAUUCGUGAGAAUGAAACUACCGGGCUCUCUGAUGGGUUAGAGUGCCUUUAAGAAGAAA